AUGGCAGACACCGACACGACCAUCGCGCCCCUACGGAAGGUUCUCACCUCCGAAUCAGAGCCUCUAGCACGACGCUUCCGCGCCCUCUUCUCCCUCAAAUACCUCGCCUGCCUGCAACCACCCACCGAACAAACUCUGCCUGCGAUCCACGCCAUCGCGGCCGCCUUCACCUCGCGCUCCGCACUGCUCAAGCACGAGCUCGCCUACUGUCUCGGCCAGACCCGCAACCCGGAGUCCGUUGCCUUCCUGCAGCAGGUCGUCCAGGAUGUAGCGGAGGAUGCGAUGUGUCGCCAUGAGGCGGCCGAGGCGCUCGGCGCGCUGGGCGAUAAGGGGAGUUUGGAAAUUUUGAAGAGGCUCAGGGAUGAUAAGACCGAGAUUGACGUUGUUCGUGACACGUGCGAUAUUGCCGUUGAUCGUAUUGUGUGGGAGAAUUCCGGGGAGAAGGAGGGGGAGAAUUUGAAGCCUAGCGACUUCACAUCCAUCGACCCAGCACCCCCAAUGCCCCUCUCCGCCACCGAGCCCUCAAUUCCAGACCUGGAAAAGACCCUCCUAAACACCACCCUCCCCCUCUUCCAACGCUACCGCGCCAUGUUCGGCCUGCGCGACCUCGCAUCACCGCCCGACCUCCCCACGGCCGUCGACGCCAUCAAUGCCCUGGCCAAGGGCCUCAAGGACCCCUCUGCGCUGUUCCGCCACGAGAUCGCCUUUGUCUUCGGCCAGCUCUGCCACCCGGCCUCUAUCCCCAGUCUCACUGCCACGCUGAGCGACCAGGCCGAGGAGGGCAUGGUGCGCCAUGAGGCGGCAGAGGCGCUGGGGAGUCUGGGCGAUGAGGAGGGCGUUGAGGAGACCCUGAAGAAGUUCCUGAAUGAUCCGGAGCAGGUGGUUAGGGACAGUAUUAUUGUUGCGUUGGAUAUGGCGGAGUUUGAGAAGAAUGGUGAGGUGGAGUAUGCGCUUAUUCCGGAUAGCUCGGCGGCGGCGGCGGCGUAG